GUCGGAUCCAAGGCGGCGGCGACCCAGAUCAGGGUUUCCUCGCCACAAGCAGACAACCAGCGUGAAUGCAUCGUGGUGGACGAAACUGAGAAUGAAGAUCUCCAGGAUUCGAUGCGCACCAUCAUGGAGAUGCAGUUGAGGAGGCCAGGCACGAACGCGACAUGAUCAUGCAGCUCCUCACCAACAUGCAGGAGGAGCAUAGGAGGAUGGCGGCUGCGUUGGCGCUCGACGAUGGCGACCGUGGCGGGGUGGUGAUGACCAAGGUGGACCAGGCGGCGGUAGCCGGCCAUCGCGCGGCCACGGGAGGUGGGGACCCGACGGCUGUCUCGGCGGCUAGCGAGGCCAUGGCGGGGGCCGGAGGGGAGGCGACGGUGGCCACCCUAGGGCAGGCGGCGGCUAAACAGGUGGGCCUAGAUGCUUGUGGGCCUCAUGGCGGGCUCGGGCUGCUACCGACCCUGACGGAAGAGGAGAACGCGGCCAUACGUGGCAAGGCAAAGAUGCCGGGCUACGACAACGUGGUCCAGAACCCAUGUUUCAGACCGUUGGUCCCAAGCCCGAUAGAGGACGAGAUGGGUCGAGUGCAAUGGGUCAGGGCAGGCCUGAGCGGGGCUGCGGGACGAAUGGGCUCGAUCGAACCAGCGGGUGGAUCGGGCUUUGGUGAUCCGACCGGUCCGGAAUGGUCAAACCGGAGCUGGGUGGCCCAAAAGUGGCCGAACCGGAGCUGGGUGGGCCAAAGUCGGUCGAACCGGAGCAGGGUGGACUGAAGAGGGUCAAACCGGAGCUGGGUGGACCAACAGCGGCCGAACCGAGGCUGGGUGGACCAAUAAUGGUCGAACUGGGGU